AUGAGUGGGAUACAGGUGAUCGAGCCCUUGAGAACAGACAGGCUCCAGGCGCUUCCGCUCCCCAAGCAGUUGCAGCUUCUACCUCCGAACAUGUUGGAGCAAUUUGUCCAGCUGUACCAGUUAGUACUGGGGUACGUUAAGACGUUGAAAGGAUAUGAAACAUGGAAGCAGGAGGUGGUUGGGGUUCUUAAUGAGCAGAUUGGCAAAUUGAAUCGAAUCAUCGAGAUCCUAGAGGAGUAUCAGGGAUAUGGAACUAAGAUCGAUGAGCAAAUCCACCAAAUUGAGCAGAAAUUUCAGGAAUUUGUUAAUUUGGAAACAUACCAGUACCAAUUACUAAGUUCCAACUUCAACCAGGAUUUCUUGAAACAAAAGUAUCGUAAAAUGAUUGACAAAGACGGCCAAGAGGCCAACGAUAUAGUCAAAAGACAUGGUUCGGGAGAUGACGAGUUGAAUGAACUAGUUCAAGAGUUCAGGGCCAGUCGCAAGCAAUAUCAUAGAAGAAAGGAGGUCUUGAACCGAUGGAGCCAGGAACGAGUAAGUGGAUUUGUAUAG